UAAAGAUUUGCAUCAUUGAUGUUUCAAUUUUGGUUCUGUGAAUUUGAAUUGCAUUUGCAGAUGGUUUUUCAUAUUUGUUUAUGCAUGCAUGCAUUUGAUGAAUGAGUGUGGCAUGAAAUGGUCUGAUCAUUGUUACUACUUAAAAAAGGGUGAAGAUUAUUAAGUACGGAGCAAAAAGAUAGAGAAUUUGAAGCAACUUUUGAACGAGAGACGGAUAAUACUUGAAUGGCAAUGCUGCUCAAAAAAUCUUAAUUCAUGAUUUUCCUAAUUGACAGCCUUGAGGGUUUAAAUUGUAGCCAUGUUUCUUGAAUUCCUUCUUACUUGAUUUUGCUGUCAAUAGUUGGAAUGCAUGUCUUCUGAUGUUUCCUUAAUUGCUUGCACAUCUUCUCCUUUUCCACUUGAUUACAUGUACUACUAUAUUCCAUUUACUUGUGUAUAUGCUGUCAUAACUCAUAAGUAUAUGGUCACAAACGCAGAUAUGAUUUUUUUUUGGUUCUUUACAACAUGAGAGUAAAAAUUUUACUUGUCUUAAUGAUUCAGUUCCACUCUUUCUGGUUUUUUUUUUUUUUAAUAAUAUUUUGCAUAUUCUCGAAUCUUUCUGACAUUAAAAUAGGGUUGGAAUCUAGCAGAUGACAAGGCCUGCUUUAAACUAUUUGGUGGGCAUAUUCUUAAUUCUUUCCUCUUGAAGUACCAUGUUCUCAUGAGAAAUUCAAAGUUAACACCCAGUGCGAUAGCAAAUUUUCUGUAUACUCUGUAAUAACAACAAUAACAUGUUCAAACUCAAUUUGCCUCUUGCUAUUACUUGAUCAUAUGACCAAGUUUUUGCAAUUUCUUUUGGUUGCACUAGCAGCACUACACUGUUACUGGAAACAACAUAAGCAUGAGUAGAGUUCAAAAGGUGAACAGGAAUGAUGAAUGCUCUGUUAUUGGAGACAAAGGUGAGAUCAGCUUUAUCGAUUUUGAGCUUGAUGGUCCUGUUUGCUCUGAUGACCAAAAUGAAGAGGAUCCAGUGAUAAUCUCAACUCCUUUUCCCUUUACCCGAGGGAAGCCUCGGUCUGCUUUUGUUGGGGAGACUUCUUAUGAUGCAGUCACUAUAACUAAUACAACUAGAGAGCCUGUGCCACUUUGGGGAGUGAAAAUUUUUGGUUCAAACCCUGCAGACUCGUUCACUAUAUCACUGCUGAAACCACCUUCAAUGGAUUCUGAUGAUGAAUACAUUAAAAGGUUUCUGGAGGGAUUUUCUCUUGAAGAUAGAACCCUUCAGCCAGAAAAAACGCUCACCAUUUGGUUAUCUUGCAAACCUAAAGACAUUGGAUUGCACACAAGUAUAGUGCAUUUUGAUGUAGGGGAUGAAAGGAUAGAGCGUGUGAUAUUUCUCUUGGCUGAGGACAAGGUUUCCCAGUCUCUGGCUUCAAGGAAGUCAUAUGCAAAAUAUCAAAGAAAUAGACAAUCUACUUCUGAAACAUUUGCUAGAUAUCCUGCAAAGAGAUCCAGCAGAGGGUGGAAAUAUAAGCUUCGUCAGUUUGAAAUGCCAGAAGGAACUAGGAAGUUAUUAGAAGAUAAGCAAAUCCCUGCAGUUAUAUUAGAAAACUUAACGAAGGAGAAUUAUGCUUCUUAUUUCGGCACCUUACUAUACAUGGAAGAGCUACAUUUGGAGAAAGAAAUGAGGAAUUACGACAUGCGGACUGUGGAACUGAGACGAAGGAAGGGUAACUUAAUGGCUAUUGAGGUCCCUGGGCUGGCAGAGAGAAGGCCUUCACUUGUACAUGGUGACUUUGUAUUUGUUGGGCCAGCCUACCAGCAGAGAAAUGGUCUUAAUUUCCAGUAUCAGGGUUCCAUCUACCGGAUUGAGGCUGAUGAAGUUCUUUUGAAGUUUGGCAAGGACUUUCACAUGCAAAAUCACCCAGGGAGUUUUUAUAAUAUUUGGUUUACUUUCAAUAGGAUAAACCUGCAGAGAUUACAUCAAGCAGUUGAAUCUGCACAAUACCUGGACAUAGAUUUCCUGUUCCCCUCCCAACUUAAAGAACAGUCAAGUAAUGGGAUGCCAGUCACGCCUUUUACAAGUCUCAAUCAGCAGCAGCUGCAAGCUGUUGAGAAGAUCCUUAGUUCUGAAGGGGCACCUCCUUAUGUCAUCCAUGGACCUCCAGGUACUGGCAAAACAGUGACUUUGGUAGAAGCAAUCCUACAACUUUAUACAACAAGAAAGAAUACCCGCAUUCUUGUUUGUGCUGCUUCAAACAGUGCAGCCGACUACAUUUUAGAGAAACUUGUUCUCAAUGGAAUUGUUGAAGUAAAAGAUAAAGAGAUCUUCAGGCUCAAUGCCACCAGCCGUCAAUACGAAGAUGUUCGGCCAGAUUGCAUUCGGUUUUGCUAUUUUGAGGACUCUAUUUUCAAAUGUCCUCCUUUGGAGGCCUUAAUGUGUUACAGGAUCAUCAUCUCUACUUAUAUGAGUUCAUCUCUCCUUUAUGCAGAAGGUAUAAGUUGUGGUCACUUCUCCCAUAUAUUCUUAGAUGAAGCCGGUCAAGUUUCAGAACCAGAAACCAUGGUACCUAUGUCCAACCUUUGUCAAAGGGAAACUACUGUUGUUCUUGCAGGAGACCCCAAGCAAUUAGGCCCUGUUGUAUUUUCCAGAAAUGCAAUGACUUAUGGCUUGGGAAAAUCUUACUUAGAAAGACUUUUUGAAUGUAACUGCUAUUCACAUGGGGAUCCAAAUUUCAUCACGAAAUUAGUUAGUAAUUAUAGAUGUCAUCCUGCAAUUCUUCAACUCCCCUCAAAACUAUUCUAUGAAGGGGAGUUGCUUGCAUGCAAAGAAGAUACUUCUUCAGCAAAGUCUUGGCUAGGUAUUCUUCCUCGUGGAGAGUUUCCUAUUCUCUUUGUUGGCAUUCAGGGAUGUGAUGAGAGAGAAGGGUACAACCCCUCAUGGUUUAACAGGAUUGAGGCAAGCAAGGUGGUUAACUUGAUCAUAAAGCUGAGAGCCUUGCCAGAUCUAAGAGAAGGAGACAUUGGUGUAAUAACACCUUACCGUCAACAAGUGGUUAAGAUUAUCAAUGUACUUGAAUCAGAAGAUAUAUUUGGCAUUAAAGUUGGGAGUGUUGAGCAGUUUCAGGGACAAGAGAAAGAAGUUAUAAUUAUCUCUACAGUCCGGUCAACUAGCAGACACAACGAGCAUGAUAAAACGUUCAGCCUUGGAUUCCUUAGUAAUCCUAGAAGGUUUAAUGUUGCACUUACACGUGCAAAAUCAUUGCUUGUCAUAGUGGGCAAUCCACACAUUAUCAGUAAGGAUUUUUAUUGGCAUAAGCUUUUGUGGUAUUGCAAGGACAAUAAUUCCUACCAAGGUUGUCCUUUGUCUGAAAGAGAACUUGAUAUGGUGGAAGACCUAGAGCCAGAGCACUGAAUCAGAGUUUGUGGGCUCAUAUUAUGAACAAGCAAUCCUCUAUAUCCAACAGGUUUCACAUAUGAUUUCAUUGAACUCAAUAAAACAGCAUGUGGAUUUAAGGACUCCCUCAGCCAGAUUUUCAAGACCUUUUACUUCAUUCUCUCUCGCUCAGCAUGUGUAUUACUGAUUAAUAUAUGGUUUUGGAGACCAUGAAAGUCUCGGGUCAUGAGUUUGUAUUUACAUCCUAGUCCAACAUUGAUAAUUCAAGGUUGUAUUUUUGAAGUUUUUCUGCUUUCUGCUACUGCUUCUUGUCACACCUCCUGUUAAAAGUACUGCAAGCGUUGACAGCGGCCAAAGCAAGUGCUGUAAAUUGAUCAGUUUUACUCUCAA